CCGUUGAGAGAUCCAGCAGCUGGUAGUGAGUUGCUAGUGCGCCCAGCAGGCAGCAGCCAACGGUCAACACAGCACACACAUUUCCCACUCCAUGUGAGAAAAACUGAGCCGUCUACCUUACAGGCGACAGAAAAAUAUGCUGUUCGGACGCCUGGCGUGUUACCGCAGCGGCUUUUGAGUCAUCAUUGUCCCCCGGUUUUCCUUUUGGAGGAUUCCUCCCUCCAUCCUCCGGAUCGCACCGAACAGGCAAUGACAACGGUCUCAGCAACCCCGCAGCAGUUGAGGGACCGGCUGGUGCAGGCCAUCGACAGUCACAGCAAUAUAUGCAAUAUGGUGGCUGUAAUGGAGGUUAUAUCCGGUCUUGAAAAGUAUCCUAUCACCAAAGAAGCACUUGAGGAAACUCGACUAGGAAAAUUGAUUAAUGAUGUAAGAAAGAAGACCAAGAAUGAAGACCUUGCUAAGCGUGCUAAGAAACUCUUAAGGGCCUGGCAAAAGCUGAUUGAACCUGGGCCAGCUGUACCUGCCAGCACCCCUGGGUCUACCAAUGGCAGUUCCCAUCCCUGCAGAACGGAUGCCUCUCCUCCGGACAUUUCUGUGUCUGGGAAGGGUGUCCCUGAAGUCAAAAUCAGAAACGAUGUUCACAACACAUACUCUCCAAAAGCUGAAAAAUCAAGCAGCCGCAAACGCAGAGCAGAGAACAGAGACAGUGGAGUGCACUUACCAGAGAAAAUCUCCAAGUUGUCCUCGUUUGAUAACUCUGUUUCCCCUCCAUCCACCAAUGGGAUUGCAGGCAGCCCCGACACCCUGCCUGAGCAGCAAGUUGUCCCGUCUCCUGACAGAUCCCGGAUAGAGCACCUUGAUAAUGAUAAAAUAAACCGAAUUCCAGUUAAUGCUGUCAAGCCUCGCCCCAGCUCCCCUGGAGUUGCCAAACUACCUAGCACUUCAUCUAUGAUCAAGGCUGCUGUGAUGCAGCAACAGGCCAGAUUGGAUGAAGGAGGCGGUGGGUAUUAUCAAGCCAAAAGUCCCCGUGGCCUCUCUACCAGUCCAAGGAGCAUGAAACAAGACUCAGUGACCAAGCGCUCUUCAGCAUAUGCACCUAAAGGAACACCUAUCCCAAGCCCUUCCUCUAGGGACUCUCCUUUGUCUUUUUCCCAGCCUGUAUCCUCCCCAGCCCAAUUAUCUUUGGUUGACAAGCUGCAACAUUCUUCUCAUAGGUCUUUAAUGCACUGGGCCAGUUCGUCAGAAGUCCCCUCUCAUUUGUUACCACAAGACAUAUCUGCCACACUGGAAUCCCCAUCAGUCUCCCCUUCACCCUCUCAGCCCCAACACAACUCAGAACAGCACAGACCGCCAUCUGAGGGCACCGUGUCUGUGUCUGAUGACACAGAUGGGACACCGGUUCCAAACUCGGAGCAUAAAAGGAGGAAGUACAGGUCAAGAGACUACGCUGUCAACCUAGAUGGCCAGAAAAUAGAGGACACGACUAAACCUGUACGGUUAAAAGAACGCAGGUUAACGUUUGACCCCGUCACCGGUCAGAUCAAACAUCUGGUACAUAAAGAACCUUCUCAAACAGAUGAAGCCCCCACUCCUGACCCUGCUGAAUCUAGGCAGAGAACUGAAAGCACUGUACAACCACCUGCUGUCCUUACCCCAGUCCCAGCCCUGGCUCCGGCCCCCGCUCCAGCCCCAGGUUCCGGCCCUAACCCUUUUCAUCAGACAAACUGGAAAGAGCUGUCCAGAAAUGAAAUCAUCCAGUCCUACUUGAACCUCCAGAGCAAUGUGCUCACAUCCUCUGGGGUCCAGGCUCCUAGUGCACACUUUUUCAUGUCGGAGUAUCUGAAAAGGGAAGAACAGGAUAUCAAGGACUCACGGAAGAUACAUGUUUUGCAGAAAAACAACCCAGUAGGCGAUUUACCAGGCAUAAGCCGGGAGGUGACGGACGGGGAUCUGGACAGAAUACAAACACAGCACUGGCCGGGGGUUAACGGUUGUAAUGACACCGAGGGCACCUGGUAUGAUUGGACAGAGUGCAUAUCAUUGGACCCUCAUGGGGAUGAAAGCAAAUUGAACAUCCUGCCAUAUGUUUGCCUAGACUGAGGGGUUUGGGAAAGUGGCUGUCAUUUUCCAAUCCUUUCUUUGUCUCCACGCAGAGACAAGAUACUUUGUGAUUUUGUUUGUCCAUUGUGAGUUCGGCAGAAGCCAGGCCUGUUAAACUUCCCCCCCAUGCCUCUUCCUUUUUCUGUGAUAAUCUAAUUAGAUUUUGGUAUAAAAAAAAGAGUAAAGAUUUAAAGAAUAGUUUAAGUUUGUAAUACCAAGGGCUGUUUCUGUUUUAUUUUUCAAACUGAAAGCCACAGGAAUGAUGAGGCCCUAUAUGCAGAGUGCUGCUACUAACAAUGAAGGCAAGAAAGAGAGGACAGAAUUAUCCCAGACAAGUGGAAAUGGUGUUCUCAUGUAAUUUUUUUGAAGUUCAGUACCUCUAUUUCAAGCUCUCUGGGAUGAAACUGUUCUUUUUUAAAAAUUUUGUAGCCUUCUAGUUUCUAAUGAGGAAUUACAAUCUAGGGUUAAUUUGAGGGAAGGCCGAGUUUAGCUGUCCUGCCAAGGCCGCCAUGUUGGUGCCACAAAGGAGUUGAUAGGUCUAGCACAGGUAGAGCUGAACAUGUCCAGAGUACUGGAUCAUAUUUGGUAGUUACAAGAAGCUUUAUGUGAGAUAAAAAGAGUAAAUUAUAAAUUUCUUAUCAUGUAUACAUCUAUUUAUUUUGACCUGUUCAUUUAUUCAUCCAAACACGUUCAGAAACCUUUAGUUCUGUUUUCCUUUUUCCCUCUGUUAGCAAUGCAAUGCUGUCAGUCUAAGCUUCAAUGUGGGCAUACGCAUCUUCUGGCAUGGUCUUUCUUUAAGACUGGCCCAUGCAUUUUGGUUAUUAACAUUCCAUAGUCCACCCUUCUCACACUUUCGCUCUCUCUGUCUCAACUCUCAGCUUCUCUAGCCCCAUCCUAUGUUAACUCUCAAGAAGAAAUGUAUUAAGAAAAGUAAUUGGGUUUCAAAUUGAUUCUAUCCAACCAGUGUGCUGCUAAUUUAACAUUAAUUCAGCUAAAUUGGUGAAUCGUACACCUUACACUAACUCCCUCCCAUGCUUAAAAUGUGAAAGAAUGUAAAAUCAAAUAGUCCUGAUCAUUAAAGGAAAAAAACAGGAACAUAGUUGAAGGCUAGGAUUCACUUUGUUUCCUUCUAGAUGUCGUUUGCCUUCUGAAUUUCUAUCACAGUAUUUUCCUGAGUUAAACAGCCUUGAUGAAUGUACAGGAUUUAGACCUAUAAUGCACUUGCGCACAAGUUAACAACUUGUUGGUCAUUUCAUCACUGACUGAAUUCGCAUGUGAUAGUCACUGAUUUGCAACUGCAACCUAUGGGCCCAGAGUUUUGUAACAAGGAAACAUUUAGGAUACAAUUUUGAACAGCACUUCUUUCGCUUCCAUUUUUUUAGUACAGCAAACAAAGAGAGAGAAAGUUAUGCAUUGGAUAUUCUUGGUAUUUUCCUUGUGACAUCUAAUACUUGAUUUUGAUUUCCCUUUAUACUCAUCAGUCACUACCACUUUUUCCUCACAUGACUUAAAUUAAGAUUGGCUUCUGCGCAGCCUCUAUCCAUUCAUUCUUUCAGUCAUUCAUCCCUACCAAUGUGCCUUGGUCAAUGGUAAAUCUGGAUUUGCUUCAGUAUAAAACACACCUUUCUGUAAAGCUGGGUGCAAGAAUUGCAAAUCCCACGAUCAAUACGAUGCUGUUUUAUGCCCCGUUUCUGUUACUUUUUGUACACGCUGAUCUAGAGAGGGUGAAGCUGCAGACAAUGAGAAACUGCACAACAAUGCCGCUGGCAAUAAAGGAAAAGUGCUACAACUGGUUGAUAAGAAUCUGUUUUCUGGAGUUUUGACGGGGGCAUCUUUAUUUGUUCAGUGUCUAACAUCUCAAUUGUUUGAAAAAUAAAAUGAUCUAAAUCUUCAGCUCA